AUGGGUUUUUUCGCUAACAUCAAACACACAUACGGCAGUGAGGCACACCACCUACUGAAGAAGUUGUUCAAUGACACUAUGAAGUUGGCUGCAAUAAAGAACAGACGCAUUUUCUUACUACAGUGCAGAUACAAAACGGUGUUCCCCAAGCAUAUAACCAACAAUAUUGGUUGUUUACUACCUUUACAGACUGAGAAACACCCAUUCAAGAAAAAUGUUGAUGAGAUCUUGAACAAACUUAAGAAAUCGGCUUUAAAUAUUGAGAUUGAUAUAACUGAGUGGAAAUAUAGACAACUCCUAAGCUCCACACGAUUGCAGAGGGGUCAACUGAAGCUUCUCUUGCCUGAGAGUAUAUUUGUGAACACUCUGAAAGCCAUUGAAACCAAAUUCAAUGUAGAAUUUGAACGUAUUAAGAGGGGAAAUAUCAGGAAGAUCGAAGACCUAUUGAGGAAUACAGCGGACGUACUUGUUGCAGAUGGGAAUGGCUUCAUACAUAACUAUACACAGACUGUAUUACCCGGGCCAGUCCAGAGAAUUUUAUCGUUGGGGCCACAGUUUGGCCUUCCCUUGUCGAACUCAGAAAUUCCAAUCCACAGCAUCAUAAAAGAUCUAGAAUAUUGUAUUCACAACUGCCAGAAUGACGAAACUGAGAAAAAUAGAAUAAGAGCCUUUACCACUAACAUCUUAACCAAUUUUUGUAGACAACAUGUGAACCUGAAAUCCGAGAGGAGACUGAUGAAAGAGGUGAACGAGACUAAACAUUUUCUCAGACUCCAUAAUGACAUUUUAGUGGGGAGAUCAGACAAGGGUAAUUCAACGGUGAUAAUGUUCGUGAAAGAAUAUGAGGAUAAAAUGUUGGAAAUGCUUGCAGACCGAAAUACAUAUAAGCCAAUGGAUAAAGACCCAACCAAGAAAUAUCAAGAACGAGUGAAUGGUUUCGCCAAGAGGUUACUUGAAGAUGGAUACAUAGACAAAACAAAGAGUAAAAUGAUCAGUAUCCACAAUGCUGUUCCGCCGAAGAUUUAUGGACUAAGAAAAACUCACAAGGACACUUUCGCUUUGAGACCCAUCGUAAGCUGCAUUAAUGCCCCCUGUUAUAACUUGGCGGUCUUUUUACACGAGAUCUUAGCGCCAGUGACAACAACAUUCAAGUAUGAAGUUAAGAAUUCAUUUGAGUUUGUCAAUUCAGUGAGUUGUAAACAAAUACCUGUCAACUACAGACUCGUAUCGUUGGACGUGGUCUCCUUGUUCACGAACAUUCCCAAGAAUCUGGUUGUCAGUAUUUCAUCAAAACGGUGGCCAUUCAUAUCGGCUUACACAAACAUUCCUCGCAAACUUUUUCUUGAAAUGAUAGAAUUCUAUUUCGAUUCAAGUUACUUCCUAUUCAGAGGGACGAUAUAUUCACAGUUGGAUGGUAGUGCCAUGGGGAACCCAUUGAGUCCUGUAUUGGCUAGAUUUGUGAUGGAUGAGCUGAUCGGUGAGGUGUUGACGAGACUUCCUUUUGACAUCCCGUUUUUCUGGUUGUAUGUGGAUGACUCUUUCGCGGCAGUUCCCGAGAGAGAUAUUGACAGUGUUCUGAAGUGUUUCAACGAGUUUCAUCCGAAACUUCAGUUUACUUUGGAGAAGGAGAGAAAUUGUAAACUUUCCUUUCUUGAUGCUGAGGUACAUAGGACUGGAUCAGGUACUCUAGUGACGAACUGGUACUUCAAACCUACCAGUUCGGGUAGAAUAUUGAAUUAUUUUUCGACAAGCCCUCUCAGUCACAAAUUAGCAAGCAUUAGAGGCCUCCUACAUAGAAUGAUGAGACUGAGCCAUCACUCUUUUCAAGCUUCUAACAUAAAAAUUAUCAAGAACAUUCUAAAGAAAAAUAAUUACCCUAACAACUUUGUUAAUAAAUGCAUUAGUUCUUUCGUCGCGGUGGAGGGUCGUCGGCGCGAUGCAGAAGCUGGGUGCGUUAGAUAUUUCAGAUUCCCGUUCGUCAAUGGACUCUCACAAAGAAUAAAUAGAGUGUUCGACAACAGUACUAGACUGGCCUUUUAUAAUGUGAAGUCCACCAGAUGUUUGUACACCCGUCUUAAAGAUCCGACCCCAUUGAACUCCCUCUCGAAUUUAAUUUACAGCAUUCCUUGUUCUUGUGGAAAAUGUUACAUUGGUCAAACCAAACAAUACUUCAAAUCUCGAAUUAAUCAACAUAGGAAUGACUGUAAAGAUCACAAUCAAGACAAGCCCAAUAAAACAGCUUUGGCGGCGCAUCAUUUUGAGACUGGUCACUCAUUUAAAUUCGACGAAGCAACCGUUUUAGAUAGAGAGCAGAAUUGGUUCAGAAGGAACGUAGGGGAGAUGAUCCAGAUAUAUAUGGCUAAUACUGUGAACCUGAGGACGGAUUGUGCCAACCUUAGCGUAAUUUACAGUAAUAUUUUAAAUAUGUACUCUCGCCAGAGAAGUUGUUUUACAUCGUGA